AUGGACGGGUCCAACAGGAAUACCCCUACCAUACAGCAGCCGAUGGCUCAGCGCCAGGCUGGCGAAGACAAUCCAAGGGGGUUGCAGCAAGAGAGGCAAACAGCUACGCCACCCGUCGGCAUAGCUGCAGGACCAGGAGUCCUAGGUCACACGAACGUGGAAGACCUCGAACAGCUAAUCCGAGAGAGUAGGGAGCAGCUUACAACCCCUAUCACGGAUACCCUCCCGACGACUCCGCGAGAAUACAGAGGCCACUCUUCGAGACACUCAGAAGAGAUCACUCACCUACUAGAUAGACUACUACAGCAGAACCAGAUACUAAUACAACUCAUUGAUCGUCCGGCGCCAGCUCACCGAAAAGACUACGAGAAGCCCCCGACGUAUAACUACAAGCACCUAGCUAAACAUACUAGUGCGGUUAAGGUCGAUGACUAG